GAGACGGCACAAUUCAGUAAAAAAAAAAAAGCUAUCAAUGCACAUCUGGCUAUAUUGAUAGGUGUUUACAAGUUAAAAGAAAAGGAAUAAUUAAUUUUAGCGAAAUAUUUUUUAGAAGAAGGAGUUGAAGACUUUCACACUUUUAAAGAGCGCUUUUUACUGAAGGUUUACAACAUUGUUUGUACUGCUGGUGGAUUUGUUGAAAAAUGUCUUCACACAACAGCUCCAUGGUCAGCAAAAAAGAGGAAAAAGCGAGAAAUAUACAGGUUGUUGUAAGAUGCAGACCUUUCAAUGCAGCCGAGCGCAAGGUUGGUUCUCACAGCGUGCUGGACUGCGAGGCCAGCCGGAAAGAGGUGGCUGUGCGUACUGGCGGUGUAAGCGAUAAGUCGGCCAGGAAAACCUAUACUUUUGAUAUGGUUUUCGGGCCGUCCGCCAAGCAAAUCGAUGUGUACAGAAGUGUGGUUUGCCCCAUUUUGGAUGAAGUUAUCUUGGGAUAUAACUGCACAGUUUUUGCAUAUGGACAAACUGGCACAGGCAAAACCUUCACAAUGGAAGGGGAAAGGUCACCCAAUGAAGAAUAUACAUGGGAAGAGGACCCACUGGCUGGGAUUAUUCCCCGUACUCUUCAUCAGAUCUUUGAGAAACUGACAAGCAAUGGAACAGAAUUCUCUGUCAAAGUUUCUCUGAUGGAAAUCUACAAUGAGGAGCUUUUUGAUCUUCUCAGUCCUUCUCCUGAUGUCACAGAAAGGCUGCAGAUGUUUGAUGACCCACGUAAUAAGAGGGGAGUCAUUAUUAAAGGACUUGAAGAGAUCACUGUACACAACAAGGAUGAGGUUUAUCAGAUCUUGGAGAGAGGCGCCGCAAAGCGCAAGACUGCUUCAACUCUAAUGAAUGCCUACUCCAGUCGAUCGCACUCCGUUUUCUCGGUCACUAUUCACAUGAAAGAAACCACCAUGGACGGCGAAGAACUGGUGAAGAUCGGCAAACUGAACCUCGUUGACCUUGCCGGGAGCGAGAACAUCGGGCGCUCGGGGGCGGUUGACAAGCGGGCCCGAGAAGCCGGCAACAUCAACCAGUCCCUGCUGACGCUGGGCCGCGUGAUCACCGCGCUGGUGGAGAGGACGCCCCACGUGCCCUACAGAGAGUCCAAGCUGACCCGCAUCCUGCAGGAUUCCCUGGGCGGACGCACAAAGACAUCCAUCAUCGCCACCGUCUCGCCCGCGUCGAUCAAUCUCGAGGAAACGCUAAGCACGCUGGAUUAUGCCAACAGGGCGAAGAACAUCAUGAACAAGCCUGAAGUGAACCAGAAACUGACCAAGCGAGCUCUCAUCAAGGAAUACACUGAGGAAAUUGAACGCCUGAAAAGGGAUCUGGCUGCAGCUCGGGAGAAGAAUGGAGUGUAUCUGUCCUCUGAAAAUUAUGAAUCUAUGAACAGCAAAAUAGUGUCGCAGGAAGAGCAGAUUGCAGAGUUCACUGAGAAGAUUUCAGCUAUGGAAGAAGAAGUGAAAAGGGUUUCUGAGCUUUUCACAGACAGCAAGAGAGAGCUGGAGCAGUAUGCUACAGACCUGGAGGAGAAACAGCAGCUGCUUCAGGAGACCCAUAGGGAUCUGCAGGAAACCAAGCAGAAGCUCUGUGAGGAAGAAUACAUAGUCUCAGAACUGAAGACCACUGAAGAUGUGCUCUAUGGCACUGCAGACCAGCUGUUGUCUACAGUUGAUGUGAGCACCAGCGAUGUAUCUGGUUUACAUAGCAAGCUGGACAGAAAGAAGAAUGUUGAAGAGCAUAAUGCCAAAAUGCAGGAGACCUUUGCGAGUCAGAUGGAUACCUUCUUCAGCCAGAUGCAGAAAUCUGUUGAAGAACAAAACCUUAAACAUCAGGGAAUGCUGGACAUGUACAGAAACUCUGUUGAUGACCUUCUCAACACCAAUGCUGUCAUCUUCAGCAACACGAUAUCUACGGUUGCCAAAUCUUUUAAAAGCAUCAAAGAUCUCAUUGGCACUGGAGUGUCCAGGUGUUUGGAACGGAUGCUGGAGCAGGAAUCUCUGUGUCAGAAAACGAAAAACAACCUGCAGCACACGAUGGAGGAGUACAGAUCCGGAAUGGAGGAGGGGCUGCUAGGACAAUUUUUGCCUGGGAUUCGAGCUGUAAUGGAAAUGAACGAAAGCCUAAAACGAACAAUGCAGAGCCAUUUCGUCUUGGCAGGAAAGAUGGAGACCAUGAGAGAAGAGAUGAGCUCAUUCUUCAGAGACCACACACAGGCUCUGUCUAGGGUGAAAGAAGAAGCAGCUGCAGGAAUCUGUGCUCUUCAGGCUGAGCAAGAUCACCUGAAGCGCCAGAUCAGCAACGCUAAUGAAGAACACGCCAUGGGCAUAUCCAAAGUGAUUCUGUGUCUGCAGAAUCAGUUAAACCUCUUGUCUGAGGAGACGCAGAAGAACUUCAAUGGACUGCUGAACAAAUCUGAUGCACUUCAGGUUUCGACAAGUGCUCUUCAGCAGAGCAUGCAAUGCACUGAUGUGGUGGAGAGUGCAGCACUGCAGCAGGACAAAUUUGAGCGCUCAGCCGAUGGUCUGAUAGCCGAGAUGAGGCAGGUGGCUGCAGAGGGAGAGCACAUACUGGAGGAAUCCUCGGAGCACUGUGGUUAUCUGAGGACAGAAGUGACCAAGAUGGGGGAGAAGACCGUUCAGUGGUGUGAAACGACAAAGGCCAGCAUUGAUGCCUUCGCUGAUGGCCAGCUUGCUUUCAUUGGCGAAGACAAGUCUUCAGCUCAGGGUUUACAACAGAAUGUGGAGGAGAGCUGUGCCUCCUGCUCCCAGCAGCUGAGUGGGCAGGUGAGAGAGCAGCAGGCUGGCACGGAGAGAGCCCUGGUGGUGUUGAAGGAGCAGACCCAUGGGGACCAGGCCACGCUGCUCGAUCACAAGACUCGGCUGCUCAUCCACGCACAGGAGGGCUUGGACAAGGUCCUCGCGUUCUUGCAAGAAGACCUCAAGCAGGACACGCCAACAGGCACGACACCUCAACGGAAAGAUUACACCUACCCCAGGGUCCUUAUUAAAACCAGGCCGAGGGAUGAACUGCUGACCCAGUUCAGGAAACAGCAGCAGGAGCUUCUGGCAGCUCUUAACACCUGCGAACCUGUCCAGGAAGAGCCAGUCGAUCAGGAUUCCCUGGAAGACGACGUUAUGACUAGCAGCAGUGACAGUGUGAUCAGUGAGAGGUCGUGCAUUGAUGACAGUAUAAUGUGCAUCGAGAGUGGUAGAGCCCCCUUCUUCAAGAGCAAGAAAGGCUUCCGAAAGGAAAACAAACCAUCAGCCAGCUUUCUUGAUAAAUCAAAGAUGUCAGAAAAUCCAACGGAACUAACAGCUGCACGCUCGAAGCUGCCUCUCAGAGCACAAAACUAAGCUCUUGUCUUUAUAUUUCUAAUAAGAUUUUAAAUUACUUUUUUAAAACUAUAUAUUUUUUUGAAGGUCUGUCCUAUUUCCAACUUUUUCAUGUUGCUGUCCUGAUUUUAUUUGUUACACUUCUGAUAUAAAAAAACUAGUUUCUUUUCGGAUCUUUACACGUUGUAAUCUGUUCUUUUAAUGAUGUUCUUUGUAGGUAUUGUAUUUUAUCUGUAAUAGCACAUUUACACAAGCACUGUAAUGUUUAAUAUAAGGGUGUGUGUGUUUGGGGGAAGCUUGAGUAAACCUGAUGCAAUUGUUUUGUGGUAUAAUUUCACUGGGAAAAGUGCGUUUACCACAUUACAUGAAAUCAUCUGUAAAUUAUUUAAAACAAUAAACAUUUAUGCCAACA